CUCUCUUGUAUCAUAGUGAAAGAUACUGAAAUUUAGGGGGCACCUCUGGAAGCUGUAAAGACCAUAGAAACUAUGUCUGUCUGAUUUGAAUGUCUUGUUCUAGGAGAUUGGGAUGGGAUAUGCUGGGAAUCAUGCUGGUAUUUUAUGGUGAUAAUAAUCUUUUUUUUUUUCCCAGUGCAUCAAAUUGAAAUAUCCCAAGUUUUAUGCUGUUUUCUGGCCUACAUUGCAAUCAUCGGUUUGACCUCAUUGACACUGGAUCAAAGAUCUGGCCAGUUCUAUGUAGAUUUGUUCUCUUUUGGUCACCUUGUUUUACAUGCAUGUAUUUUUAGUCUAGAAGAGGCGAUUUUGUUGUAUUAUCCGGCUAUUUAUUUAGUUUUUUGUCAUCUAACCCUUGUCUGAUAAGGACUUCAGCUUAUGGAGUCAUUAGACUGAUGAUAAACCCAAUAUUGAUGUUGUCAUUGACGCCGCAUCCCCCACAAUAAAAUACAAGAGAGUAGAUGGUUCCAAAAACUUGUUCUCAUAGUUAUACCUGCUUGAUGUUUCCAUUGUAACAAUGCAGGCUGUUUCCUCCUUGGUUACUAUGCCUUUCUACUUAGUUCAUCAACAUUAAAAAAUUACUGUGAGGAGAAUAUUUGCAAUCAUAUUAGAGUAUAUGCUGCCUUGAUGGCGGUUUAUAUGAGCCCUUCAUUCUCUUCAGCUUCUUCACCACUGCUAGGUGAGGUGUCUGAGGAGGAGAUAUGAAGUUCGGAAAGAGGCUUCGCUGGGAGGUUGAGGAAACCAUUCCUGAAUGGAGAAGUGAGUUUAUAUCUUACAAGCAAUUGAAGAAGCUGCUAAAUGAGAUUGAUCUUGAGUUGAGGGAAACCGAUGGGUCUAACAAAAGGCCAAGGUUUACCACUUUUGAUGGCUUAGGUGUUGGAGGAAGGUAUGUGCAUAUGAUGAGGGAGGACAAGGGUUUUAUCCGAUUGUUUGAAGGUGAAAUUGAGAAGGUGAAUACCUUCUUUGUUGAUAAGGAAGAAGAUUAUAUCAUCAAACUAAAGGAGCUACAAGAAAUGGUGGCAAAUCUGGAUGUUGAUGGAGAUAUAUUAGAAGUGCAGAUGCAUAUUUUGGACUUUCAUAGAGAGAUGGUUUUGCUGUUGCAUUACUCUCUUACUAACUUUACAGGAUUCAUGAAGAUAGUGAAGAAGCACUACAAGAAGAUAGUAGAGAAGCAGGGGCAGCAUACGGUGGCUCGCCAUCACAUACAUUUCAUGCCUAAGGUUAUGCAGCAGCCAUUCUUCUCUACUGACCUGCUCUACAAACUUAUGAAGGAAUGUGAAGCAAUGCUUGACCACCUCUUUCUGAUAAACAACCCACCAGACCAUUCUGAUGAUGACCUUUAAGGUAAAUGGAGAUAAGGAGGUUUCUGGUUUGAUCUCAUUUAUCUAAAGAAAAGUAAGUCAGAAGGGUUGAGCUUAAAUGGAGUAGGAGGUUCAACACCAUGCCCUUGCUCUUAGGCAUGGCAGUUUUGCUUUCUUCCAUUGUUAGAUGCUAUAUAUAUAUAUAUAUGUAGAUGUGGUAAAAUUAAUGCUUGAAAAUCUGGCUCCUUUGUACUCCAAGUGAACUCUUUCCAUUGUACUUCGUUUAGUAAACCAUCCAAAUAGUAUAAAAGUAGGAAAGUUGGGAACA